UUUUUUUCGUUUUGUAGUUUGCCGUAUUUUGGGUUCGUCGUCAUUACGGCUACAUUCUGUUGACUAAAUUUUUUGUGUGUGUUCAGAUAGUUCGGUGUGCCGUUUUCAAAACAAUAAAAUAAAAAAAUAAACACACACCAUACAGUGGAUAUCUGGAGUGUGUGUAGUACGAAUGUGAUUCUUUGUGGACUUGAGUAGUGUUUACUGUUAAAUUUUCUGUUAAUCUAUUCAUCGAACGUGCUUUAAAGUGUUUUUUUUUUCUUUUUUUUGUGUUCGCAAAUAUCGACUUGUGUGUUGUAUGCGCUUAAUCCACCUUUAGAUACAGAAUUUGAAGCGAAAAAUGUCUAUCAAAACGAUAUAAAAUGCUUGACACACUUCAAUCAAUAGUUUAUUGCGCCCAAAUUGUAUUGUGCAAAAUUGCAAAAGAUUUACGUGUCGAAUAUCGAAUAUAAAACAAAAUAGUGACAGAACCACUGUCAUCAUUGAAAACAAGAAAAAAUUAUGCGCUUGUUUAAAAGUCGUAAAUCGGGUGAAUACAGUGACGUUUCAUCGGUUGUGGCCAACGAAAAUGAUCCACAUGUCAAAAUUGUGAGCUGCAAUUCACAACAAGAAUUUCAAAACGAUGAUAACAUUCAAAAUGGAAAUGAUGAUCACCAGCAACUUGAGGCCAACGAAAAUCCAUCAACAAAUUGCUAUUUAGACGAACAAAAACGAAAUAGUCACGGUUUAAAAACAAUUGAUAGCAAUAGUUGUACAGAUAAAUUUACACCGAUUCCCGAUUGCGAUCAAGUUGAAGAAACGGCCAAUAGUCAUUAUGAAAUUUCAACGCAGUCAGAUAACUUGACAACGACAACAACAAACAACCAGGAAACCACAUUAAAAUUACAUUCCGACACAACCAGUGAUUUUAUUAAUGAACUUUUUGCCACACUUGAUAACUUAGAAACAAAACUAUCGAUCCAAGACGAUAACGAUUCCCUUGAUACAGUCAGCGAAAAUGUCGACAUCAAAUCGGAAUCGUCUACCAAUUCGAUGGAUGGAAAAAUCAAAUUUAUUGGACAAAAUGGUCAAUUGCCAGACUAUAAAGUAGUUAAAGCGAUUCCAGUGAUUGUUUUAGACAGUGACCAUCCCAAAGAGCCGCGAAACAUGUUUACAUGGGGACGUCGAAUGAGCAAAAAAUUUGAGCUAUUGCGUCGUAAUGACAGUCGUAAAAUGCACGACGAUGGUGGAUUAUCACGAAAACAAUGCCCAUCAGCAUUGAGCGGCGAUUUAACAAAUGUUCGUGGUAUGUUUUCGCUUAAAAGUAUGCCAAAGACGCCGGAUGAAUCGAAUUCAAUGGCAACAGGAACAACAGCAACAUCAACAUCAACAUCAACACCAACGCCGACCACCAUAAAUAACUAUUCAUUUAAAACAUUUUUUCAUCGCAUUGGAUCGACCGGAAUGCUUAGCCGAAGCAGUGGCACCAACAUCCAAAGCAAUUCAAAACAGUUGAAUGACACACGAACACUUUACAGAAGCAGUUCAACUAGUCAACUGAAUACACCGUCCUAUGUAAAAGGUGAUGAUCCAACCGAUGGCAUACAAUUUCGAACAUCAAAAACGAUUGAGGCUAAAAUAAAUACAGUAAAUAGUAACAAUAAUAAUAAUAAUAAGAGUCAUCAUCUGCAUCAUCAACAUAACCAUCAUGGAAAUGACAAUUAUUUGAAUAAAAAAGCACCAGUGAAAGCUGCAAGUUAUGAUGACAUUGCACAUGCUGCUAAUGAGCCGCAAGCAUCAAAACGUUCAAAUUUUCCGUAUGCGUUUUUGCGCUCCCGUUUAAGUGUGCUGCUGGAAGAAAAUGGUGGAUCUGUAAUAAAUCAAAAGCGAAUACGAUUGCAAGAAGUGCUCAACACCGGCAACACAAUGGAUUUCAACAAAGUACAACCAGUUAAUCAUUGUGACGCCGAACAUCAACAACAGCAAAAACAUGAUAAUUCACAGAAAUCGAAUGAGAAUAGAGACGAUAAUACAUUGACACCAAAUGAAAAUGGCAAUUGUGAUUUGCAUUUACAAUCACCACGAUUCACAUACCAAAGAUUUAGCAGUUGCUUUAGUUCAAAUGAAUCGGGUUACGAUAGUGAUAGCCGACACACCGACGAACAAAAUGGUACUAAAUCAACGACCCCAAAGGAUGAAUUCAAUUUACAUCGAUUAAGUGCAAAAAAUCAAUCCCAACUUAACAUUCGCAAGCGAUAUAAACAUGUGAAAUUACAACGAAAAUCACUGAACGAUAUUGUUGGAAUUGAAAUAACACCGAUCAUCGAUAAUAAUUACAUCGAAAAUGGUGGCCAUGAAUAUAAGUAUAUUGUAUCGAAUUUGUUAAGUUCGGGAUUGGCCAAUGCGGAUGGACGGAUUUGUAUUGGAGACGAGAUCGUACAUGUAAAUUGCAUCGAUUUACGUGAAAUGAAAUCGUUGGAUAAACACGGUGCUUAUAGAAAUGUUCAAGAGAUGCUGUCAACGUUCGUUGAUGAUUCUGUAGAGUUUGUCAUUACACAUGAUGAACCAACUACAUACGGCGAUAGACUACUGAACGAUUGUGACACAAAAUCCAAAGCCGAUUUACAUAAUGACUAUGAUUUAUCAGCAAGAACAACAAUGUCUAACUCAAACGGUGACAUAAAUAAUGAUGGUGAAAAUUCUUCAUUGAUCAUGGAUGUGCCAAUGCUGAAUUUGAAUAAACCAAAGAAUGAAAUGUGGAGCUAUAGAACGUCAGACUUGAAGCCAUUGCAAAAUAACACGGAUUACGUGCCAGUGUAUGGUGAUAAAAAUAAAUCACAUGCCGCAUGCAAUGAAGAACGAUGGAGAAUUUUAGGUAAACAACGAAUCGAUCUUUUAUCCAAAUAUGGUUAUGCAUCGCAUAGAGAAACAAAAGCCAUCGACCACAUCAAUGCACAUGAAAAUUGGCAGCCAACGGAAAAUAAACAUAAUAUAUUUGAUAAUUGUUACAUUUUGGGCGAAACAAAAUUGACACAACCACAGCAAUUCAAUCAAAUUGAUGUUCCGCUCAAUUCAAAUCGUCACAGUUUUUGUGAAUACAAACCAUUUUCGUCGCGAAAAUGUGUUUUUCCAAAAUUGAAAUUUUUUACACCCACUGAAUUUAAAGCGAUUAAUCACUUUAAUCAAGAUUCAAAUGUCGGAAAUUCGACGACACCAAUGUGUUGCUUCGAAAAAAUGAGGGAGCUACAAGAUUUGUCGAACGAAUCGGAUAAAUACAAUAUGUCAUCGCUGAUGGCAGACAAUGGCACAUUGGACGUUUUUGAAAAUAAUUUAAAACCAAUAACAAUUCAAAGUUCAUCGUCUAAUGAAUUCGAGAGAGCAAAAGGAAAAGAAACAGAAAAUCAUCAAAAGUUCAUAUUCCUGAAGGUGUACUUUCAGAAAGGUGCCGGUAUGAAAUCAUUGGGGUUUUCGAUAGUUGGUGGUCGUGAUAGUCCGAAGGGGAGCAUUGGUAUUUUUGUGAAAACCAUCUUUGCUAACGGCCAAGCUUCUGACAAUGGACACUUGUUGGCUGGUGAUGAAAUAUUAUCUUUGAACAAUGAAUCAUUGAAAGGCAUGAGUCAUUUAGAAGUAAUUGCCAUGUUCAAAAACAUUAAAGAGGGCCCACUAAUUCUCGAUGUAGCUCGAAGAAGAACAAUGCGCGCAAAAUCACUAGACAGCGUACAAUUCAAGCAAAGCUAAGCUUUUUCUUGAGAAUUGUUUUUAAACUUGAAAUUGAUUCAUCUUGGAAGAAUGAUAUUGUUUUGCACAUACACUGUUAUCUGAUGAAUUAGUAAAGUCGAAUGCAUGAUCCAAAAAAUGAACAUACAUAAAAUAUAAAUAUUAGAAUAUUUUAUAAAUGAGCUUGAUUAAGCCCAUUCUAUUGGGUUAUUUUCACGUUUUAUAUUGCAUUUAGUUUCUAUUACGAAAGCAUUACUUUAUAUAUGCCCUUCAUCUAUGAAAAGAACUGAAGACGAAAUCUAUUUAAAAUAUUGAAUUAUUACAGAAAAAAAAGCGAGAAAA